AUCAUGUCUUCAAGGACCCUCCCGUUGCUCUUCAUCAAUCUCGGUGGGGAGAUGCUGUACAUCCUGGACCAGCGGCUUCGAGCUCAGAAUAUUCCUGCAGACAAAGCCAAGAAAGUUAUGAAUGACAUCAUCACCACCAUGUUCAACAAAAAGUUCCUGGAGGAGCUUUUCAAGCCACAGGAGCUUUACUCCAAGAAGGCCCUGCGGACUGUGUUCGACAGGCUGGCCCACGCAUCCAUAAUGAGACUCAAUCAAGCUAGCAUGGACAAGCUCUAUGACUUGAUGACCAUGGCUUUCAAGUACCAGGUGCUUCUAUGUCCCCGACCGAAGGACAUCCUCCUUGUGUCCUUCAACCACAUGGAUUCAAUCAAGGACUUCGUGAAAGACACUUCCAGCAUUCUCAGCCAGGUUGAUGAGACUUACCGACAGCUCAUAGAGAUGUAUACACCCUUGUCUGGUGGUGAAUUCCAGCUGAUUAGACAGAGUCUUCUAAUCUUCUUCCAAGACAUGCAUAUAAGGGUGUCUAUUUUCCUUAAGGACAAAGUGCAGAACUCCAAUGGCCGAUUUGUACUUCCCACCAAUGGUCCUGUGCCUCAUGGAACACAAGUUCCUGGCUUGAUAAGGAUGUUCAGCUGUACUGGUGAAGAAGUGAAAAGGCUGCAGUUCAAUAAUGGAGGAAACUACACCGCUGCUAUCCGGGAAGGAUCUUUUGAGAUUUUUGGAGACAGGGUCACCAAACUAGGCACAAACAUGUACAGUGUAAGUCGUCCAGUGGAAACCCACAUGUCAGGAACAUCUAAAAAUUCUGCUCAGCACACUAAGGUCAAUGCUGCUCCCAACCCUCUGGCCAAAGAGGAGCUGAAUCUGUUGGCCAAGUUAAUGGGAGGGUUAGAGGUUCAGAAACUAGGAAAUGCAGACAGCGGUUUCCGCGUCAACCUCUUUGCCACCGACGAGGAAGAAGAAGAGGCAUUAAUAUCAAGACCAGAUGAGCUUUCAUAUGGAGUCAUAAACAUCCAAGCAACAAAGGACCAACAGGCCAGUGCUGAGCUGGCAAAGAUCAUGGGAGAGUUCACAGAGUCUAGAGAUCAAUCUCCCAGCGCCAGCAGCAAAGGAGAUGACCUUCUGGCCAUGAUGGAUGGCCUGUAACACAUCAGCCACUCAGAAAUGCACAGGGGCUGGGGCACAAUGCAUCGUCAGCAGUCUGCUCUACUGUAGACUAUUCUGCUUUCUGUACCUGCAGCACUGCAGCAACCUCUCAAGAGCCAGAAAACCUUAUUCUUUGGGUGCUUUUAAAAUGCAGAUGUGAGCAAGUGUUUCAAUUGGUUGUCAAAUGACCAACUGCAAAUUUGCAUAGUUAACAACUAAGCAGGUGUUAUGACUCAAGCUUUAAGCUGUAAUACACUGUAAUAGUAUGUUUGCUGUAAACUGAGAAGAGUUUCAGUGCAUCAAGAUAUAAAGUAGGCCUAUAUCAGUUUGUUGAACAUGUGUAUGUGGUAAUAGCAAAACAUCUGUUAAUUUCACUCAAGGCCAUGUCUCUUAAAUGUCAAUAAUACAUCGCAAUUUUUUUAUUUAUUUUCAGGUUUAUAGUCCAUAAUUCUGUGUUUGUUUAUUACACAGUAGGAAGCAGGAGUUUGUUAACUUCUUCUGUAUUCUAAUGAACAAGUGGUUAAAUAAUACUCUGAGGGAAUCAGAGUAAAAACCAAGUGCUCUUUCUAUCGUGAUUCGAAUAUCCUCAAAACUAUAUUUUGGUAAGAAAUGUGUUUAUUUGACACCAUGCUGGACUACCUUAAAACAGUAUUAGCAGCAACUUGUAUGACAUUUUCCACUAGCCUGUGAUGUCUCUGAAUGUCGAGAUAUGGCCCAAAAAUGUGCUCACUGAUGAGUACAUAAUUAUAAUAGAGAAUAAUGCAAUAUAAGGAAAUGUCUAAUAUGUAAAUAUGUUUAUCGCAUACUUUAUUUAUUUCAAUGUAUCUUUUUCUGUGCAUAAGGAAAGUACAUAUUGCUGCAACUGUUAAAUUGUUGAAUGUGCAAUGUAGUAUUUUUAAUACAUUUUUCAAUAAAAUAAAAAAAGGCAUUCUGUUUUCACACAUUACAGUAUGAAAUGUAUCAUCAGCUUGGGUAGUGAUGCAGUAGAGUUAAUAAUGGCAUGAACCUUGUAACAGCUUGUUGUAGUAGUUAAAAUGUAACAGUAGGGGGAGCUGUCAAUCCUUUCUAAAAAUGAUGUACUGUAUGUGGUCCGUCCAAACUGACUACCACACAUUGCUACAGCAGUUACGCUGUCUUUCUUAAAA